AAGGCAUUCAAGUCGACUUUUUCGACAAGGCCAUAUUACGGGUAGUUACAUAGUGAGGUAUGUAGAUACCUACUAUAUCUUAAAAGUCGAUAUGUCUAGUCGUCGUUUAUCACCGCCUUAGAAUACCCAUUCAGUUGCCAUUCAACGUUCUUUUUUUUACCUUCUACACAUCUCCCGUCUUUAACUAGUCUUUAACUAAUUCCAAUUUCCAAUUUCUUCCUCACCAGUCAGUGCCACCCCCAUCCAAUGCUUUCAAGAUGGCGCCGCCAGAGAUUCCGGGAUUUUAUUAUGAUCCCUAUAAGCGUCGCUAUUUCAAGGUUGAGAACAGUAAGACCGCACCGACCAAUGCGGCCUGGUCUUCGGACAAUGUGAAGAAGCGCAAGUUCAAGGACCGUGAGGCUGUCACAAAGUCUCGUCGUCUCGAAUUGGACGCGAAGCGCAUUGCGCCUCCUCCUAUCAUGAGGGAUCUACGAGCAAGUCGCUUUCUGAAGCGUGAAACUGGCGAGGAUAUUCGUGACUUUGCGGCUGUCAGCUUUGCUCGUGAUAUUGUUGAGAUGGGCCACGUGCCUUCGGGCUUUUCAAGCACGUCGUCGAACCUCCGACACCUGGCUCUAUCUACCAACUGCUCAGUCGCCGUGACAAGUCUUGACGGAGAUAAUCUGAAGACCACACACUUCGUCACUAACCCCAACACCCAGAGAGUUUCAUGGGAUCCCACGUCGAGAACAAGGUCCCGAUCACAAUCUUCUGUUUCUUGCAUCAAGUAUAGCAAAAAAUUGCAUGGCGUUCUCAUCGUCUGUGAUGACCUUUCAUCACUGCCAUAUGUGAUGUAUGAUCCAGGAUUGUGGUUUCGGGAGGCACACUUCGAGCGCAGUGUAAGCCUCGCAGGCAUACAGCUGGGCCCCGAUCAACCUCCUGUUCAGAGACACUCUCGGGACAUGGAAUACUUUGCUGGCUACUUUAUCUGCCCUUCCACCGAGAACAAUGACACUGUAGCUUUGAUAGGUACGGACCGUGGCCUAGUGAGCCUCACGGAACCGAUGGGCUUACGGUACAUAACCCCUAUUUCCGGCCGAAAUUCUUCAAGCUACACUACUCGUUUCCGCGACAUUUUCGCCAUCGACUACCAGGUCAACCAUCACAGCACUUUCUUCAUGGGCGGCCGUCCCGGCCAGUUUCACAAAGGCGACUUGCGUGAGGCCCCUAUGUCCUGGGAUAGCAUGACGCUGCCAAACUCCAUUGCCCACAUCAAGUCCGUGAGCGACUACCAGGUACUAGUGGCUGGUCUCAACAACAUGCUUUCGAUAUUCGAUCUACGAUACUGUCGAUACAGCCCAGCCUCGGAUGACAACCCCUACCACAAGGCCUUGCCCCUCCUGAAUAUACCGGGCUACAAGAACAUGGCUCACUUCACCCUCGGCUUCGACUUUGACAAGGACACCGGGGUCGUGGCGGCAGCGCAUGACGACGGCAAGGUUGCGCUCUACUCCGUCCGGGACGGCCGUCGGCUCCCUUCUCCCGUGAUCGAUGCGAUUCACUCGGGAUAUGGGCCCAUUCACUGCAUACAGAUGCAGGCCCUUCCCGGAGACAACAUGCCUCGAUUGUUCAUGGGCGAGGACAAUCAGAUCAAGGUGUAUUCAGUCGAUGCCAGCAAGUAAGACGACGAGGAUUGAUUGUCUCGUUCGGCGUGAAGGGGUUCUUCCAGGUACAUAUAACAAGAACAACAACAACAUCAACAGAAAGCACUGCUUGAAUGCCCGGGGGCCUUUUAAUAUUCCCAUUCCUCUGUUUCCUAUCUGUAUUAAUUGCAUUUCCUUGUCAACAUUAAGGACCACUGCUAUUCCCCAUCCCCCACGCCCCUUUACUUCCCGGGGAGGUGCUUGUAUAUGGCAAACGACAGGGCAUGGAACGGCAUAGCAUAGCAUGAAUUUGGGCGAGAAGGGAGGGAAAGGAGUGCUUUCCCCUCUAUAAUGGUAAUGAUGGCAUACGAUCAAAAAGAGAUUCCUAACCUAGGUAGGUACCUACUUACAUAAGUACGUACCUAAUACCUAUGUACACACAUAAUGCGCCGGAUCAUCCGGCCAAACGAAGGGAUUCAAAAUAAGGCAAUGAAUUUGCAUGGGAGAUAGGGGCGUCGGGUUCGGCAUCGGCAUUGAAAUUGGCAUUUGCAACUAUUCAUGGCUGAUUAAUUGAUUGGCUGGUUUGGCUGACUCUCUUGCAUGGAUGGAUGGAUGGCUAGCAUAAAGGGGGCGCGUAUAAUAACAUCGUUUUCGCUAAUAACGUACAUGCAUGUAUUAUACCUACCUAACCUACAUUAAUUAUUCCAAGCUUUUCAUCUCCUGGGACAUUCAUCAACCUGAU